UCCAUUCAUAAUUCAAGAUUGAGAACACCUCCAUUUUCAGUUUGUUUUCUUGUUUUAGUUCUGUUCCUUGCUGUUGUAAAUAUGAUAAAAUUGCAUGUGGACUCCCAUGCCAGUGUCUGUUUCCCAUAAUUUGGAGGCUGUGAUGAUGUUUUUUUUUCCCGUUAAUCUGAGAUGUACUCAAUACUGUGAAGACAAGUCUCCCUCCAUUCAAAACUACUAAACUCAUCACCUCUACUUUUAAUUUUUGCUUGGUUUAGCUUGAAUCCAUUUUUAGUGUUUUCUGCUGCUCACAUUGUCCGUUUGAUAGAGCUUACAUGAUUCAAUUUGGCUGAAAAGAGCAAACGUUUUCAGUACAUGGAUAUAGUUUCUAUGUUUCUAUUUGUACUUUUUUGAGUACUGCAUGUUGUUUCAGCUUGCAUUAGCACAAUGGUUUGAUAAGCUUCUAUUAUUGCAGCUUGGUGAGAGGGCUGUCAACAUUAUCAAGUAUCUCUUUUCGGUGCCAAAGCUAAAUUCUGAGCGAAUAAUUGCUUUUGCUAAUAGAGAAGGUUACAUCUCUUUCAGGCAUCAUGUCUACGAAAAACAUGGUGGUCCCAAAUCGAUUUACCUGAAGAAGUUUCGCCCGCGCUUUGAGUUGUGGCUCUAUCGGGCCGGCGAUCUUCUGCUUUGUAAUCACUUCUAUUUGUGUAUAAGCUACCUGGUAUUUUGGUUUCCUUGUUUCUUAGCUCUUUGCUAAUCUUGAUAUCUUAGCUCCACAACUUAUCUUCCUUUCUUAAAGGCCUGUAAUCUUCUGCUUUGUCAUUAGUUUUAUUUGUCUAUAAGCUGUCUGGGAUUCCCUGGUUUCUUAGUUCCUUACUGAUCUUGAUAUCUUAGCUGUUCAGCUUAUCUUCUUCUCUUGAAGGACAUCUUCCUUGAGGACAUCAAUCAGUCUUACCAAUAUUUCCUUGCUGAGAUUUCUUCUGGUGGUUUAUGGUUUUAGAUAUAUAUCUUCUACUUUUAUUUGUCUGCCCUUAUAGAAAUAUUAUUCGUCAUGUAGUCUUUGUUUUACAUGUUUGCAUGUUUAUUAAUAAUAUUACUACCCUACCUCUUAUUGUUCUCUUUUCAUCUGUUAUACUUCAUUCCGAUAACUACUAUAACUAUAUGUUAAUGGUAUGUGGUAUCUUAUUAUGUAUGCUAUUUCUUGUUGUUAUUACAAAUUGUUCAUUCUUAGGUUCCUUUGAUUGUUCUAAAUAUGUUGUUUGCUUGUGCAGCUGUUUUCCUGUUGUCUAUUAAGUUUUUUUAUUGUGUUCAAGUUGAUAGUGCUUAACACGAUGCCUCGAGUUCCACGUAUUAGGCCACGUAUGUUUCCUAUCGUAUAUUUCAUUGCGUACCUUUUGUCUCUUCUAUUUUUUCCUUGCUGAACUCUUGCUUAUAUCCCUUUUCGUGGGGUUGCGGGAGGGGAUCCGAAUAGAAGAUAUCGUGUGCUCGUCUUUGCCUUUUGAUGUGACAACGGAAAAUCGUCGUAAGCAUCGAAGGUUGGAUAAUCACCGUCGAUUGAAAUUGCCAGGUCCAAGCGACGGUUGUGUUGUGACAAAUCUGUAUGUACGGUUUACCCAAGAGUAUGUAGAUUACUUAAAAGGUAUAGGUAUAUGUAUAAGAUUGUCCUUAACCUGUCCUUGCCUGCUCACCUUUGCCUGUGAUUUAAUCUGUUUAUUUCUUUGUUGCUUUUGCUAUGUAGAGUCUUAUCGUGAGAGAUCGUAUUUUGGAUUUCCUAAUUUCAAGUGCGAACAUUGCCAUGCAUUAUUCUGGUUUGCAGAAACUGUACAAGGAUCCUCUACCACUAGGGGACAAGGCCCAGUGUAUAAUCUAUGUUGUAAGGGUGGGAAAGUUCAGAUUAAACCAUUUAAACAACCGCCCCCAUUUCUUCGAGACCUCCUAAAAUUCGAUGGUGAUUCUCGGUGCAAAAAAUUCCUGAGACAGAUUCGGCAAUAUAAUUGUUUGUUUGCUUUUAGCUCCAUGGGUGCCAGAAUAGACAAUGCUAUAAACAAAGGUCGAAGUCCAUAUGUGUUUCGUAUUAGUGGACAAAUUCAUCAUCGUAUUGGAUCUUUACUUCCAGCAGAUGGUGAGGCCCCACAGUUUGUUGAGCUUUAUAUUUAUGACACAGAUAAUGAGGUGACAAAUAGAAUUCAUGCGUUAGAUCCAUCUGAAAGACUAGAAGGUGAAUUAGAUAGAGAGAUUAUCGAAGGUUUAUUACAAAUGUUAGAUGAGCAUAAUCCUUUAGUGAAAAAAUUUAGAAUGGCAAGAGAUCGAUUAAAAGAGUGUGACGGGGAAAAUGUGGGUAUCAGAAUUGUUGGCGCUCGUGAAGGUGAUCCUGUCCAAUAUAAUUUGCCGACGUGUGAUGAGCUCGCUCUAUUAGUGGUUGGGGAUUUCUCGCUUGAUACUUUUAAGCGUGAUAUUGUGGUCCAUUGUUUUGAUGACAACCUUCACCAAAUACCAACACUUCAUCCUGCUCUUAUGGCCUUGCAAUAUUCACUCUUGUUCCCAUAUGGCGAACGUGGUUUUCAAGUAGGUGUCCUUUAUAUUGGUGUUGAUCUAACAAGGCCAAACACUCGAAAUAAAAUGACGAUGCAAGAUUACUAUCGUCACUGCUUUCACUAUAGAAGAAAUCAACCAAAUCCCUAUCUGUGUUACGGAAGAUUGUCUUCGCAGGCUAAGGUUGAUGCCCGAGCUUGUAUUGACGAGAGUAGAUUGCAAUAGAUUAUUGACAAUCAAUCUAAGCUUAGAGCAGAACAAUUUCAAGGAAUAGUUGAUGCUGUGACAAGUGGUUGUAUAGAUGGCGAUGCUAUUGGUAAACGCACAUACCUUCCUGCGAGUCAUACUGGGGGUAGGCGGUACAUGAUUCAAAAUUUCCAUGAUGCGGUUGCGAUAACCAGUCUACAGUCCUACAGAUAUAUUUUUAACUUUCACGUGUAAUCCAAAAUGGCCAGAAAUUAUUGAAGCUCUUAGAUUCGAACCUUGUCAAAAACACACCGAUAGGGCUGAUCUUGUUGUUAGGGUGUAUCAUAUGAAAUUAGAUGACAUGCUAAGACAUAUUAAGGAUGGCACGUCGUUUGGCCCUAUUAAUGCAGGUGUGCUGUCUCUUCGUUCUUUACAUUUCUAUUCUUUUUAAUUAUUUGUCUAUUUACCUUCAAUCAUUCUCAUAUAGGUUUGCACGAUUUCCCUUAUCUUACAUUUUCUUGUGUUUGUUUCCGUUUAUCAGUGCUUCAUACUAUUGAGUUCCAAAAGCGUGGCUUGCCGCAUGCGCAUAUGCUCAUAUGGCUCCGCCUCACAGUGUCUACUCCUACACUUGAGCUCAUAGAUUCUUUCACUAGUGCUGAAAUUCCAGAUCCACAAGUUGAUCCUCUCGGCUAUGCUCUUGUUGCAGAGCAUAUGAUACAUGGCCCUUGUGGUGCAAAUAACCCAAAUUGUUCUUGUAUGAAAAAUGGUAUUUGCUCUAAAGGCUAUCCAAAACUAUUCUCCGAAGAAACUAAAAUCGAUGACCAAGGCUUCGCUGUGUAUAAACGUCCUCAAAAUGGAAGAUAUGUUAAGAAAGGAAAUGUUGAUUUAGAUAAUCGAUGGGUAGUGCCUUACAAUAUGACCCUUCUCAAAAAAUUCCAGACUCACAUUAAUGUUGAGUUUUGUAAUAGAACACAUGUUUUAAAAUAUUUGUUUAAGUAUGUGACAAAGGGUCCUGAUUGUGCAAAAGUCUACCUUGAGCGAAUUAGAAAGGGUGAAGAUGCACCGAUGGAUGCCACAACUAGGAGUGUUAAUGAGGUCAAAGAGUACCUAGAUUGUCGAUACAUUUGUGAGCAAGACGCGUGUUGGCGGGUAUUUGACUAUAAUAUACAUACCCAUGUUCCGUCUGUAGAGCGAUUGCCUGUUCAUUUACCUAACGAGAAUUACGUCACUUACAGAGAGAUAGACAAUUUGUCUGCAGUCGUAGCAAGUGAACGUGUCAAACGAACUAUGCUAACCGAGUGGUUUUUAGCUAACGAGAGAUACACACAGGGAAAUAACUUAACUUAUUGUGAAUACCCUACCUUAUUUACAUGGGAUGAAACAAAUAGAGUAUGGAAUGAAAGGAAGCAUGGUUUUAAGAUAGGACGUCUAUAUUUUGUCCACCCUAGUGCAGGAGAACGAUACUUUUUAAGAAUGUUAUUAAUGAUUGUGAAAGGUGCAAAGAGCUACGAAGACAUUAGGGCUUAUGAGGGAAUAGUGUAUAGUACGUUCAAAGAAGCAUGUGCAGCCCGAGGUCUUCUAGGGGAUGACACUGAGUGGCUUAGUGCUUUUAAUGAGGCAGUUACGUGGGGUUCAUCAACUCAGCUUAGACAACUUUUUGUUACUAUGUUACUGUUUUGUGAUGUCAAAGAUGAAUUUUUGCUUUUUGAAAACGUCUGGUUUUAUUUGGGAGAUGAUAUGAAGCGCCAACUGAAACAAACUUUGCGAAACCCAAACUUUGUCCUUCCUUUAUCUGAAUUAAAAGACAUGAUACUUGAUGAGAUUUCUAUUUUACUUAAUAAACAUGGAGUCAGUAUAAAAGACUAUAAUUUGCCCAGCAAGAGCGAAAAAGCUUCGCCAUUUCUCACAAAUAGGCUUAUAGACGAUGAGAUGUCUUACAAUUUACCUGAAUUAGAGAUGGAAUCUGCAUUCUUGUGUAGUCGUCUGACUUCAGAACAGAUGCAAGCUUUUCAGCAAAUAGUUAGUUGUGCCUCAGAUGAAACUCUUGGGUUUUUCUUUGUUUCAGGAUUUGGUGGUACCGGGAAAACUUUUCUUUGGAAUGCAAUUGUGUCAUUUUUAAGAGCAAAAAGAAAAAUUGUCUUGACUGUUGCGUCUUCUGGCGUAGCAGCUUUACUUUUGCCAGGUGGAAGAACUGCUCAUUCUCGAUUUAAAAUACCUCUUAAUAUCGAUGAUAGUACUAUUUGUGAUAUUAAGAGAGGCACCAUGCUAGCUGGGCUGAUCCUUAAAACAUCAUUAGUUAUUUGGGAUGAAGCUCUUAUAACCCACAGGAAAUGUUUUGAGACACUAGAUAGAACUCUACGUGAUAUAGUAGGUGGGCAAAAUCCAGAAGCGAAAGAUCUUGUGUUUGGUGGCAAAGUUAUUGUGCUUGGUGGUGACCUGAGACAAAUUCUUCCUGUUAUAGAGGGUGGUACUAGAGCUGAAAUAGUUAAUGCUUCGAUUACUAAUUCAACGUUGUGGCGUCAUGUGAAGGUUUUAAAAUUAACAACUAAUAUGAGACUAUUGUCAACUAGUCUUGAUCCUAUUGUACAAUGUGAAAUUGCUAAAUUUAGCAAAUGGGUACUUGAUAUUGGUGAAGCAAAGUUGCCUACUGAAAAACGUAGUACUGAGGAUGAGCCGACAUGGAUAGAGAUACCUUCUGAAUUUUUGCUUCAUACAGAAGGUGACAAAAUUGCUUGUAUUGUUUCUUCUGUUUAUUCAAACUUGCAAGCAAAUUUUUCUGAUGCAUUAUAUUUGUGUAAGCGUGCUAUAUUAACACCAACAAAUGAGAUUGCUGAUGAAGUUAACUCAUAUGUUGUCUCUUAUUCCAGGCGAGAAAAAAGAAUUCCUAAGUUGUGAUACAAUUUGUAAAUCAACAUAUACAGUUGGGGAUGUAAAUCUACUCUAUCCUGUCGAGUUUCUUAAUUCGCUUCAAUUUAACAAUUUCCCGCAGCAUCGUCUUGUGCUAAAAAAGGGUGUUCCUAUCAUGUUGCUGCGUAACCUUAGUCAGACAGAAGGGUUGUGCAAUAUAACACGGCUUAUCGUCACAAAUCUUUCUGACUUAGUGAUUGAAGCAGUUAUUAUAACUGGAAAAAAUGUUGGGCACACUGUUUAUAUACCUAGAAUAGUUUUGUCUUCGCAAAAAAAAUAAAAUGUCAUUUAGCCUCCAGCGUCGUCAAUUCCCUGUUAAAGUAUGCUAUGCUAUAACUAUAAAUAAAAGCCAAGGGCAAACUCUUGAUAAUGUCGGUGUUUAUUUAAAGAGUCCUGUUUUCACUCAUGGUCAAUUAUAUGUAGCUGUGUCCCGUGUAACAUCCAAAAAAGGGCUUACCAUUUUGAUUGAAAAUGAGGAUGGCACAUGUGGUUCCAAAACUAAAAACAUAGUCUAUAAUGAGAUUUUUGCAUCUGUGCGAUAACUUUAUUGUGUAAUUUGUACAUAAACAUCUAUAAUUUUUACUGUAAAACAUGGUUUGUUUAUAGUGAUCUAUAUUAUCCGGUGCAUUCGUAGUUCCUUAAUAACGAGGAGAUAUACAUUUGUAUAUUCAUCGUGCUUAUUACAUUAUUUGUGUAUGUUUGGUUUUCUUAUUUUGCUUACAGUACAAGAUGUCAACCUUUAUGAUGAAAGACAUAAACCCACGGGGUAGGCAUUGGGUCAUUUGUACAAGGGUGUCAAGAAUGUGGGAUUACCGUGGAGGCACAGACGAUGGUCAAAUACGUCAUGUUGAUCUUGUGUUACUUGAUGCUGAGGGAACUCCAAUGUAUGCUGAGAUUGGACCUAACAAUAUCGAAUCUAAGAAACCUUUGUUUGCAGAGGGAAAAGUAUACACACUUAAGAGGUUUAGAGUUAUAAAAUCUAAACCUGUCUACAGGCCUGUUGAAUCAGAGUUCAUGAUUGAAAUCACCUGUCACACCUUGAUCAAAGAAAAGCAUGAUUUCCCAACUGAUUUUCCAAUAUACGCUUAUAAUCUAACAAAAUUUGCUGAUUUACCCAUGCUUGUUGGAGAAAACAAGUGUUUUAUCGAUGUUAUUGGGAUAAUCACAGAAAUCUCUGAACUGACCACCAUUCAGCUUCAGAAUCAAACGAGGGCUACAAGUCGAAGGACAAUUAUAUUGAGAGAUCAAAGCAACUAUGAGAUGAAGUUAUUUUUAUGGGGUCAAAGAGCCUCUGAAUUUGAUGCUGAUGAAGUGUGUGCGCUUAGCCAGGAUGGUCCAGUCAUUGUUAUCUUUGUUGGUAUGCUUAUGAAGUCUUACAGAGGCGAGUAUUCGUUGAGCGGUAACACAGCAUGUCGUUGGUAUAUUAAUUCUGAGGUUACUGAGGUUGAUGAUUUCUUUGAUAGUCUUGGUGGUGAUUUCCAGCCUAUAAAGCGUGUCACACCAGAUGAACAUCAAUACAUUCCUCGUCCUGUCAAUGUGGAACCCCAGCAGAAGACUCUCCAUGAGCUCUUUGAGAUUAGCCCAUAUGACUUUCCGACUGAAGGUUUCUGUUGUAUUAUCACUAUCUCGAGGAUUGAUCCAUUCAUAUCCUGGUGGUUUCCUUCAUGCAACCGAUGUAGCAGAACCGCGCUUCCAGAUGGAAAUGAUUAUAAAUGUUCGCAUUGCGGUUGUACCGGCUCUACAUUCAAGUACAAGAUAUGCGUGAUUGGAACUAAUGGAACAGAUGAAGCAGAGUUUGUAUUCUUUGGAGCUGUCGGCCAGCGCCUUAUCCAUAAAGACGUCAAGCUGCUGAUGCGGUCGUGCCACAAAGCUAAUGACAUUCCAAGCGAAAUAACAUCCUUAGUAUCCCAAAAAUAUUUACUGACAAUUAAUGUGACCAGCAAAUGCUUUGACAAAGCUCAACGAUCAUAUCAAGUGAAUGCUAUCAACUGUGCCUAUGGCAGACAGCCUACAAUUCCAAUUGUUAAGAAACUUGCUGCUAGAUUUGCUGGUGGGAAGCGCAAGGCUACUUCAUUGGAGGGUACAUCAUCUACUGAAGCAUCAUUACAGGAGAGCCACCAGAACAUAAAAAAUACUCCAGCAUCAAAAGACACUCCAGCACUUACGCUAUCUAAGACAAAGGACUGUUCCUCUAAUCAAUCAAAGGUCCAUGCAAGGAAAGAAAAGUUGAGUAGGCGCCAGUUUAAAAAUGAAGACCCAAAUCAGCAGAAGGAUGAUGAUUCUCUCGAUCAUGAACUGGAAGAUGACAUGAGUAAUGCUGCUGCUGGAGAUAACUCUUUGGCUAUUUCUGGCGAUGACAAUAACGGUGGCUCGACCAAACCUUAGUAACCUCGUAGUAUUAGCAAUCCUAGCAUGGUAGCUUGCUAGCCGGAGGCUGUCUUCCUUCUGUUGUUAAUAUAACUUCAUACUAAAGUAUAGACGCCAACGGUAUUACAUGUUGCUUUUGUCGUUGUAAAUAUGAACUUAAUGCUUGGACCUCCUUUUUGAUGUUUGUAUUACCUCAGUCUGGAAGAUAGGAGCUGUUAACACCGCUAUUUCCCCAUGUUUAUUCGCACAUACCGACCUUAGCGGUUAGCUCUCCAACUAUUAGCUCUGUCGUUUCUUCACUACAAAUUCCUAUGGCUCCUGUAACGUUGGUGUAAUUUGGUUGUUUGUUCUACAUAUCCAUACUACUUUUGCAGACUUGUAUAAUGCAUCAAUCAACUAUAUCAAUAAACCUCUUUAGUUGUAUAAUAAAUUGAUGUCCUCUCAGCUCUACCA